UAUGAGGCAAGGAGUGGGUCACAUGCCUAGAUGUGAUCAGCGGAGUCCCAGGGCCUGUGGGAAGCAGGGUCCCUGUCCGCACCGUUCCUGGUUCCAGGAGCUCGGACAGGCUGGCUCCUCUCCCUACUGGACCAGCACCCUGGCCUGCUCCCUCCAAGCCUGCCAGAGCUCAGAAUAACCAGAGUCAGACGGCGGGAUGGCAGGCGCUCCACUCGGCACCUUGCUCCUCCUGGGGCUCCUUGGUAUGAACAGGGGUCGGGCGUCCAGACCAAGACAGACUUGGCCCCCAGGGACCGUGGGCGUCCAGCCACCCUUUGUUCUCGCCCCCACCCCAGGCAGCGGCCUGGGCAGGAAUGAGGAGCUGAGUCUGUACCACCAUCUGCUGGACAACUAUGACCGACAGAGCCGGCCGGUGAGGGGCCCCGAGGACACCGUCACCAUCACCCUCAAGGUCACCCUGACCAACCUCAUCUCCCUGAACGAGAAGGAGGAGACCCUCACGACCAGCGUGUGGAUUGGAAUCGACUGGCAGGAUUACCGACUGAACUUCAGCAAGGACAGCUUUGGGGGCGUACAGACCCUGCGGGUCCCUUCCGAGCUCGUAUGGCUGCCGGAGAUUGUGCUGGAAAACAACAUCGACGGCCAGUUCGGCGUGGCCUACGAGGCCAACGUGCUGAUCUACGAGGGUGGCUUCGUGAGCUGGCUGCCGCCGGCCAUCUACCGCAGCACCUGCGCCGUGGAGGUCACCUACUUCCCCUUCGACUGGCAGAACUGCUCGCUCAUCUUCCGCUCUCAGACAUACAACGCCGAAGAGGUGGAGUUCGUCUUUGCCGUGGACGACAACGGCGAGACCAUCGACAAGAUCGACAUCGACACGGAGGCCUACACCGAGAACGGCGAAUGGGCCAUCGACUUCUGCCCGGGCGUGAUCCGCCGCCAGGAGCACAGUGACGUCAUCUACACGCUCAUCAUCCGCCGGAAGCCGCUCUUCUACGUCAUCAACAUCAUCGUGCCCUGCGUGCUCAUCUCGGGCCUCGUGCUGCUCGCCUACUUUCUUCCGGCGCAGGGUAGGGCCUGGGCCCGGACGGAAACCCUGGCCGGCUCCUGGGGGCCAGCCCUGCCUGCCCUUAGCUGGCGUGCUCCCCGCAGCUGGCGGCCAGAAGUGCACGGUCUCCAUCAAUGUCCUGCUCGCCCAGACCGUCUUCCUGUUCCUGAUCGCUCAGAAAAUCCCAGAGACGUCUCUGAGCGUGCCACUGCUGGGCAGGUCGCCCUCUUCAGGUACCUUAUUUUCGUCAUGGUGGUUGCCACUCUCAUUGUCAUGAACUGCGUCAUUGUGCUCAACGUGUCUCUGCGGACGCCCACCACUCACACCACCUCCCCGCGGCUGCGCCACGCCCUGCUGGAGCUGCUGCCCCGCCUCCUGGGCUCCGGCCCGCCCCCCGAGGCCCCUCGCUCCGCGUCACCGCCCAGGCGGGCGUCGUCCGUGGGUCUUCUGCUCCGCGCCGAGGAGCUGAUCUUGAAAAAGCCCCGGAGCGAACUCGUGUUCGAGGGGCAGAGGCAUCGGCACGGGGCCUGGACGGGAGGUGUCCGACUGGGUGCGCAUGGGGAAGGCCCUGGACAACAUCUGCUUCUGGGCGGCUCUGGUGCUGUUCAGCGUGGGCUCCACCGUCAUCUUCCUCGGGGGCUACUUCAACCAAGUGCCGGACCUCCCCUACCCGCCGUGCAUCGGGCCCUGAGCCCAGCCCGCGCGGCGUCGGCUUUGCCAGCCUCCAGCAGGUCACCCGUCAGGCUGCUGCCACCACCCCCGCCUUGCCAAGAGGAAGCGGGAUGCCAAGGUGUGGAUGCCAAGGUCAGCCCCCAGGUCAGCCACACUGACCCCUGGCUGUCGGCAGGCCCAGCCCCGGGAACGGCUCGGCCUGAGCUGUUAAGCAACCUUUAUCCAUUUGCUAAACCACUUGGCAGGAUGGGCAGAGGCUGGGGUGGGUGGCCCCCAGGCCCUGCCCCUUCCCGGCAGCCCUGACUAGCUUGUGAGAGAACACACAAUACACGAAGCCUGCAGUGGUA